UUCUUUGGUUUUACAUUUCCCGCCAACUUUACCAAAUCUGCAAUUGAAGGUUUAUACUCCAAGUCUCCAUGGAAAAGCAGAAGAAAAUCAUGGCGGCGGCCGGAGGAGGAGACCGGCUGAGUGAUCUGCCGGAGCCGAUUCUACACCACAUCCUCUCUAAGUUGUGGGACGAAAAACAAGUUGUGCGAACCAGCAUACUCUCUACACGAUGGCGAUUUCUUUGGAUGUCCGUUCCAUUAUCACUCUGUUUCACCUUCCCCGAUAGUGAAAAUCAAAAUUUCACUCUUGCUUACCUGGCUUGCAUCAACGGAGAACUUUAUUAUUGGAAGUCUUGCGAGAAAAUCAAGAGAUUCCGUGUGUGGCGCCUUAGGUACGACGAGAUUUAUGCUAAAGACGUUGAUUUAUGGAUACAUUUUGCUAUGAAAGUUGCUAAUGUUGAAGUAUUUACACUUUCAAUUAUUUCUGUAAAUCAACAAAAAUAUGAGUUUCCUCAGUUUGGUUAUAAAAAUUCUUCGUUAAGGGAAUUGGAUUUACAGCAUUGCCAAUUGAAUCCUUGUGGUAGUAGUGUUAAUUGGAGUAAUCUCGUUUCUCUUUCAAUUGGGUACGUGGAAUUGACUGAUGAUGCUAUGGAAAAGGUAUUAUCUGGUUGCCCUAACUUAGAACGCUUGGAACUACAAAAAGUUUCGGGCAUACAUCGUUUAGAAACUAAAUCUGUGAAGUUGAGAGAAUUGACAUUAGAAGAGUACUAUGAUAAGAAUCAAGAUAUUUGGCUCGAAAUAAUAGCCCCGCAUAUUAAGCAUUUGGAAAUUUUGGGAUUGAGCAGUGAGAUACGCAUCGAGCAGGGAAAUGUGGCUUCGCUUGUUUAUGCAAUCAUUCGUUUAAAUUUUGAUUUUGAGGAUGAGGAAAGCAACUUGGAGAAGGAGUUUAGGUGCUUGAAGGAACUUCUUCAAAGUGUUGCCCAUGUCGAGAAUCUUGAAUUGGGUAGCUGGUGCAUUGAGUGCUUGUCCAUUCUGGAGUUAAAAGGGUGGCAGUCUCCACCAUCAAGUCGGAAAUUGUUAGAACUUAACGUAGCCGGCGACCAAUUGGACUUCCCUGGAAUUUGCAGCUUUCUACAGAGCUCAUUGGAUCUUGAGACAUUGGUCAUUGACUGGUUUGAGGAUGCACCAAGAGACUUCCUAUCAAGUUACACAAAUGAGGAUAAACAGACGAGGAGGUUCGAGACACAUAAUUUUAACGGCUCAUUUCCACAUCUGAAAACCAUCAAGAUCGAUAACCUUUGGGGACUACUAAGUGAAAAUAAAUUUGUGCUGCCAUUGGUGAAAUAUUUGCUCAAGCAUGCGAUCGUACUAGAAAAGUUUGUCAUUGGUACAUCAUUCGUAGGGAGUGAUUUGUUUCCGGAUCAUGCUAAAAUGACACAGGAGUUCCUAAGCUUUCCAAGAUCAUCUCCGCACAUUUCAGUUGUCUUUUCUUAUUGAUAACCUUUGGCCCCUAUCGUUUGAACCAGUUGCAACAUAUCAAACUAAUUUUGUGAAGGAAGCUAAGCAGUGGAACCUUGGCCCAUCGUGUAUGCUGGGGUUAUUACAGAAGGAAAGAAAUAGUUGGUGCUUUGAAGGUAAAGCGUUUUGUAGCCAGGUCCAUUCCGUUUGGGCUCUCUGUUCACACUCCAGUUGGGCCUGGGCGUGAAGGGGUGUUAGAGUGGGUAAAAUGUCUCACAUUGAUUGGGAAAUGGAUUGGUGGUCUCCUUAUAUGGACUUGGACAAUCAUUUCUUCAUGAGUUAGUUUUUAGGAUUGAGUUCGGCCCAGAUAUCACAUUUUUAAGCAAACUAAGAAGUGUAUUGUUGUGAAUUGUGAUAUAAUUUUUGUACUCACAAGUAGGGGUGUACAUGGACCGGGUUGGUUCGGAUUUUUUACAAAUCAAACCAAACCAUUUGUGUCGGGUUAUUAAAUCUAUAAACCAAACCAAACCAAUAAAAGUCGGG